AUGAUUUGCCUUCUGCUUAUCGCUUUUGGAACGCUUCUCUCUGAUUCGGGCUUCGUUAUAGUAACCGAAGCACAGCAAGCCAAGAUCCUACUGCGUUCAGUGAAUGACACAAGUUCGCCGAAUGCAUUCAAGUUUGAGUUGAAGCCUGAUAUUUUGAAAGAGAUAUCGCACAUGGAGCGACCGAUCCGAGUUAUCGCCGCCGUUGGAAAUGCUCGAGUUGGGAAAUCAACUUUCUUAAACCUAGUUGGCCAUAUUUUGGAUGAAAAGAGAACAUCUUCUGUAAUUGAAGAAGUUUUUAAAACCGGCGCUUCAAUGAAGGCAGUCACUCGCGACGUAUGGGCAUACGUUAUUCGCCAAAAAGUGGGAAGCAUGCUGUUGCUUGACGUGGAAGGUACGGAUUUAGGAGACGACACUGUCACUGAUCGCCUAAGCAUGUUUACAGCCAUGAUGUCUUCCAAAUUGAAUGUUUUUGCAGUAGACGUUGUGGGAAACGCUGACAUUGAUUUCAUUUAUCGAAUGGCACGCUUGAGCUACCUUGUGUUCAAAGAUAAAAACAUUUUAGAUCAUUUCCCAAAACUGCAAAUCGUGUUGCGGACUAAUCUCGGUAGUGAUGGCGAUUAUAACUUCGAAGAAAUUUUCAGAGGUGAAACUCAUAAAGGGAAGGAAGAUAAAAUGGAAACGAUCUAUAAAUUUUUUCCGAAGGAUUCCAUCGCAGUCACCCGGAUUCCGUAUGUUCACAAUGCCGCUCAACUAUUCAGAGAUCAAAAUGUGUUAGAGACCAGUUCUGCUUGGAAAGCGUUCAAAACCGCGAUCGAGAAAAUUAAGGAAAGUCCAGAAAAAAAAACUUUUGAAGGAAGUUCUAUCGACGGUGAAGCGCUUAUCGACCUCGCCGAGCGGCUGGUUCAAAUAAUGAACAAUAAUUCAUGGGAAUAUUUUGGAAACGUGUACGAAACCUGGGAAAGAGAUAUUUGUAGAAAGAGUUACAAAGAGCACAUUGAGCCGGUUUUAAAGUGGAGAACCUCAAUCGAAAUACAAGACGGGAUGAUAGAGGCCUUAGACAAAUUUAAACUUGUGUGUAACCUACAAGGAGAAAUAGAGGAUGCGAAGGAAGAGCUCAAGCGUACAGCAAGGGAUAAAAGAGAGUUUGAAGAACAGGAAAAACAAAGGAGAGAAGAAAGAAGAAUGCAAGAAGAGAAGAGAAAAAGAGAUGAAGAAAGUUGGUGGGAAUAUGGAAAGACCGCUAGUAGUUAUUUAGGUACAUUUAUCGCAGGUGCAUACAUUUUCAGUGAUAAAGAUCUGAAAGAAAACUUAACAACCCUGUCCAGCUCCGAGUUCAACAAUAUCGGCCUGAGGGGGGUCUGCUGGGAAUGGAAUGAAAACGCUCAGAAGACCUUCGGACUGACUGGGGAGGACUGCGGAGUGAUAGCCCAGGAAGUUAAAGUUCUGUAUCCUUGGGCUGUGACAGCAGGAACGGAUGGCUAUCUACUAGUGCACUAUGGCAUUUUGUAUGAAAUGAUCAACGUUGCCCAUAGCAACAGGAACUUGUAACGUUCAUUUUGAGUUUUCAUUGUUGUAUUAGUCAAUCUAGAAUCCAUGAUCUUGAUUUUUUAACUUGUAACUCAUGACGGAUGCAGAUCGGAGGCCAGGAUCCCCAAAAAAGGGUUUCGUAAAGUGAUCGAGUGAGAAAAAAUUUGAUAGUGGAUUUUGAUAGAAAAAUGCAGGCUGAUUAAUGUUAAGUAGUUUGGAGUUGUAUUGUUGCAUAGGUUCUAUGUAAAGGGGCUGUAUCCAUACGCCACUCCUUUAAUUCAUGGAAACGAGGCACAGUCAUUAAACCAUUGAUAUUGCUUACACUUAUCACUUAUUAUGACUGAAAUCUUCAAUUAUAGUUACAUAUUUACAACAUGAAUCUCAAACGUACCCAGGUUGUGCAAAUCGAGGUCACGUGACCGUGCACCGACUAAAAUAGCCCUAUAGUGCUGUCAUGAGCACAUUUAUACGGCCUCUGUGGCAUAAAUGUAUAAAAUGUGCAUUUGUGUUCUGCUAUUUUAAAUGAAAGGGUCGUACAAUCUACAGUUCUGACCAAGUUUUAGGUUAUUUAGACCUGUAAAAUAGCGUUUUUGUCCUUUUUUUACAUACCUCUGUGGAACCUGUAUUAAGCGGUCAUACCGCCAUUCCUCGCGGGUGACUGCUUAACACAGGUUCGACUGUACUAUUUUCGUCCCAUUUACUGUUGGACAUGAAACAAGGCUCAGUCAGGCUCAGUUAUGUUUCUAAUAUAUCGUAAGCUCUUAAUGACAUAAGGCCAGCCAUGUUCAGCCAAUGCAAAAUAUGGCCACGUGAACAGGCACGUGACCUCUGAGGAGGCCUCGAUCGCUUUUGCGCUAUACGUGUACCUGUGUUAUCCUUCGAAAAAUGCAAUAUUAUUAUUGAUAUUUUUCUUCAUUAAGUUACUUAAUCAUUUAUCCGCUCUAAAUUCUUUUGAAAUGAAGCUUUUCACAAUAAGCACCGGCAGCAGCAUGCCUUGUCGAGCCGAAGACGAGCUAGUGGAAAACGUCCGCCUGUCAGCAAAACUGCUCCUGUAACAACACAGGACUUGCUCGCACAAAAGGGUGGUUCUGCAUGACAGACGAUGAAAUAUUUAAGAACCCCCACGCUCUGACCUGUGUCAGUGACUCAGAAGAAAGUAAUGAGGAUAGAGUAUUGAAGAGAAACUUUACAAUAGUUGGCUUUUAAGACGUCCAUGUUUAAAAUGUUCGCUUUCUGUCGAGUAACGUACGAGAUAAGUUACUUUCAUGCUCAACAAGUCAAAAUUAGUGAUGACAUUGUGUCUUUUAGUCUUAAUAUGUAUCUUAAAUGAGAUAAAGUGAGGUGCGAGAAUUCGUAAAAUAACAUCUCUACAAUGAAACUUUUGUGAUGAGCGGUGGCACGAGAACCCCCCUGGUUCCCCAACCAUCCAUGGCCCACUGGUGAUUCAAGUUCCUUCAUAGUUCGUCCCUUCGGAUUCAUAAGGAAAGUGAAACCGCUUAAACUGCAUCUUUGACUAGGAAUGUGUUUUGCAACGUUUGCAAGGCUUGAAACGCCCCAGAAAGAAAGAAAAACUAUCGAAGGUAAAAUGAAGCAGACUUUUCCAUACUUCAGAACAGUGAACUUCUGAGGCUUUAAAAGGAGACCAUAGAGAUUAGGAAAAUGCAGUGUCAUACUGCAUUGGUAAAACGCAAAUUACCUUAGGGCUUCCUCUUAGGCCGGAUGUGCAUUUCAUGAAUUUUAAACAGGUGUUUUUCCCUCGUAGUCUCACCGAAUAAAUAAUUUAGGGUAUCAAACUCGUGUAUCAAACCCUUUCUUUGAACAGCAAGAAGUGGACCAUGAUUUGUCUACUGCUUAUCGCCUUUGGAACGCUUCUCUUUGAUUCGGGCUUCGUUAUAGUAGCCGAAGCACAACAAGCCAAGAUCCUACUGUACUCAGUGAAUAACAAAAGUUCUCCGAAUGCAUUUGAGCUGAACCCUGAUGUUUUGGAAGAGAUAUCACAGAUGGAGCCACCGAUCCGAGUUAUCGCCGCUGUUGGAAAUGCUCGAGUUGGAAAAUCAACCUUCCUAAACGUAUUCAGUUCUAUUUGCAGUCUAGAGAGAAAGUCUAAUGCAAUUGAAGAGGUUUUUGAAUCUGGUGCCUCGUUGGAUCCUGUCACUCGUGGAGUGUGGGCGCACAUAAUACGACAUCCCGAUAAAAAUGGAAGCAUACUUUUGCUUGAUGUGGAAGGUACAGAUUUAGGAAAUGAUAGUGUAACUGAUCGCCUUAGUAUGUUUACAGCCAUGCUGUCUUCCGGACUGAAUAUUUUUGCACUACAAGUCGUGAAAAAUGGAGACAUCAACUUCCUUUAUCGCAUAGUACGCUUGAGCGAGCUUGUCUUCGAAGGUAAAGAAAUUCCAAAUAAUUUCCCCAAACUUCGAAUCGUGUUACGAACAAAUUUGAACGUCCCCGAUGAUGACAGCCUUGAAGAUAUAAAAUCCGUCAAAAAAUAUUUCAUCCUGACGGGCAGAGUAUGA